AUGUACCGCAUCACACCUGCGCAAUACGCGAAUCUGAACAGCCUAUUCUUCACUAUCAAUGGAGUUGUCUUCGAGUUCACCGUCAAUGCGCAGAUUUGGCCUCGUCCCUUCAACCUCUCGAUUGGCGGUGAUGAGGACUCCAUUUACCUUAUUGUCGGCGACUCUGGUACCCACUCGGGCUCGGGCCUCGACUUCAUCAACGGCGUGGCGUUCAUCGAGCGCUUCUAUACCUUCUUCGACACCGAGAACAAUCGUGUCGGGGUCGCGAACACGGAAUUUACACGAGCGACAACGAAUUGA